CAUAACUUACCCUUUCCGACUCAAAGGCGAUUCACCUGGUUGCGGCCUCCCAAGGUACGAAUUAGAUUGCGUAAACAAUGUGACCGUGUUCACCUUGUUUUCAGGGAAAUACCAUGUGCAGAAUAUCGAUUACGAGACAUUCAAGAUCCAAUUGACUGAUGCAGGUUUUGUGGAGGACACUGCUUGCUCCAUUCCUCGCUAUUUCAUGUUUUCAAAGAACUUCACUUCCGUUGGUAACCCUAGCGUUUACGCGACUGAUCCGCUAACUAUCUGGAAUCGGGAUGGGCAUGCUUAUAUUCCUCCGUAUGUAGCGUUUCUAAACUGUACUGAUCCAGUAAUCGAUGAUCCUCGAUACGUGGAAGUGAAUGGCAUGCUUUGUGAUUCUAGAGGCCAUGUCUAUGCUGUUAUUUAUUAUUCCAGAUAUAGUUUCGAAAUGAGGGACAUCAAGGUUGGGUGCCAUUUAAUAGUUGCUACCUUUGGAAACUGGAGCAAUGGCUUGAACAAUGGCUGGAACAAUGGCCCCAACGUUUCGUAUGUUGAUAUCCACGAGUGGCUACAUAAUGGGUUUUGGUUGUCUUGGGCACUACUUAAAUGUAUAGAUCAAUGUGGAAAGGGUGUGGGAUGCUUCAUCAAUGAAACUACAAAUCAAAUCCGAUGUUAUGAUAACUAUUGCGAAAUUAUGUGGAUUAACUUUGGAAAAGGAAAGUGCGGCAUUCAGCUCCAGAUUUUUGGACACCUAGUUCGAAUUCUUGCCUAUAUAGCACGUAAGAGCUUUCUCCCAUAUCUUUGUCCUUUCAAUUACUAUUGUACUGACUACUUAAAGUUAAUCUAUAUUUUGACUCAUUAGUAAGCUGUACAAUUUCUGUACGAUUCAUUCUGAUAACCUGCAAGUUGUGCAUCAAAGUUGAUAAAUUUUGAAACGCAUAUCGUUCUGUACUCUAACUCAACAAGUAGUUGACAGGAGUUUCUAAACAAAAAGCCUUAAA